AUGCAGUGGGACCGAUUUGUCAAAAAGGAAGUGCAUUGUGAGAAGGAUAAUUGGCCCAUUGGAAGAGAGAAGGAAUACUUGGAUAGAAUAUCUGUGGAUGACAAGAAUGACUGGUACUUUGAAGUAAAUGGUGUAAAACAUCUUCUUCCCAUUCAGAACAUAGUCAGAGUAACAAAGGCGCAGGACACAACAGAAGAAUAUCUGAUAAAUAACAAAAGUGUUGGAAUAGUUUUAAAGCCAUCUGGAAGAAUAAGGAAGUUUUUUAGGAUACCAUCUGUCACUCCUGAAUCAUUGACAUAUUUUGGAAACAGCUUGGUUGCAGGGCUUUCCCACAGCAAGGAAGAAGUGGUUUCCUUUACAGUGGGGGGUGUGAACUCAGACUCAGAAUUUUCAAUAACAAAUAUGGGGGUGGCAAUUCGUCUGGAAAACUGCACAGAGAUGUCAGCUGAUGAAAAUGGACUUUAUGUCCUGCAUGACGGCGGCAUUUGCACACUCUUUCCGGCUGAGUUCUAG